AUGCCCGUCCCCCGCCCACCAGCUCCGGGCAUUCUCGGGCCACGGCCGAGCACCCCUCAGGCGCUGCUGAUCGCACCGGUCUCUGCCGCGUAUGGCACCGCCGCGGCCAACGGUGGCCCGUCGGCCUAUGGUGGUCCCUCGGCGUACGGCGGUGCGCCGGGCUAUUGUGCAUAUGGUGGCGCCCCUCCGGUCUACGACCCGGCGCUUCUCUCCGCCCUUCAUGCUACCCCCUCGUCGAGCACCUACAACGGAGGCGGCGAUUGGUACAUGGACACCGGCGCCGCUGCUCACAUGGCCUCCAACCCCGGUGUCUUAUCUAGUGCCCCUUCCUAUCCCUUCUCCUCCCGCAUCAUGGUUGGUGAUGGAAGCUCUCUUCCCAUCACCCAUCAUGGUUUCAUCGAUAGCAGCUCCGACCUCGGAUGCUCCCACUCGACGGUCUCGGGGAGCCCUUGCGCUUCCUUCGCCGCGCCCGCCCUCUUCUUUGGCGGGCCCAUCAGGCCUCUCGGCGGGGCCUCGCUCGCCGGCUCAGGAGGAGCCGACAUUGCCUCGGUCGGCGUCGCCCAUGCACGUCGCGGCCUCCCCGCCACCCGCGGCUGCACCUGCGGCCCUGUCGCCGUCGCCAUCGCGGUCACCCACGGCCCUGUCGCCGUCGCCAUCGUGGCCACCCGCGGCCUCGUCCGCGGCUCCAUCGCCGCUGCUGGUACGGCCACCCGCGGCUUUGUCCGUGGCCCCGUCGCCAUCGCUGGUGCUGCCACCCGCGGCCUUGCCCGCGGUUUCGUCGUCGCCACCUGCGGCCUCGUCGCCCUCGUCACCCGCCGUCUCGGCUGCGGUCACGCCGUCCUCAUCGGCGGUCCCGUCUCCGGCUUUGCCUGCCGCCUCGUCACCGGCUGUCACCGUCGCCCUGCCUUCUCCCGAGGCUGUGGCUCCUCCUCGACGGCCGUCUCGGCCACCGCCUCCACCGCCUCAUCAUUAUAUGAUCGUGCUGGUAUGACCGACUGCAAACCUGCUGAGGCCAAGCCGAAGCUUUCUGCCACUACUGGGCAACCUGCUACCGAUGCCGCUCUCUACCGUAGUAUUGUUGGUGCUCUUCAGUAUCUCACGCUCACCAGACCAGACAUUCAGUCUGCAGUCCAGCAAGGGCUCAAGCAGCCGCUCCUCCGCAUCCCGCCGGCGCCGCCGCUGGUCCUUCUCGUCUGUGGUGGCCUUAGAGCCAUGGAGGCGCAGUAG